CGGGCGCGAGGGCGGUAGAGGCGGAGCAAUCGGCGGAAAUGCAUCUGCUCGGCUGCCUCCACCAUGGGCGAACUGGUACAGGAAGAGCUUUCGGCUCUGGAGUCAAUUUUCUGUGGGCCGGACGAGUGGGAGGUGGUGAGCUGCUCAGAAACAGGUGGAACUUCAUUCAGAAUUAACACAAAUGGACAAGGAUUUUUGGAUGAAAAUAUACCAUUACAUCUGUCAUUUCAUUUACCAGCUACUUACCCAUUUUGCCUGCCAGGAAUCUCAGUUAAUUCUCACCACCUUACCAGAGCUCAAUGUAUAGUUAUAAAAGAGAAGCUACUUGAACAAGCAGAAAAACUUUUGUCUGAGCCUAUGGUACAUCAGCUGGUUCUAUGGAUUCAACAGAAUCUCAAGUACCUCAUUGGGCAACCAGAAACAACUAUUGGCUCUGAAGACUGCUCUUUGUCUACAAGUACAUCUGUGAAUGAUGGAAUGUGGAUAACCCUUUUGCAUUUAGAUCAUAUGAGAGCAAAGACAAAGUAUGUCAAAACUGUGGAGAAGUGGACUUCAAAUUUAAGACUUACUGGAAGACUGAUGUUUUUAGGCAAAAUUAUCCUUAUUCUUCUACAAGGAGACAGAAACAAUAUCAAGGAGUACCUGAUUCUUCAGAAAACCUCCAAAGUAGAUGUGGACUCAAGCGGAAAGAAAUGCAAAGAGAAAAUGAUUAGUAUACUCUUUGAAACAAAAGUACAGAUGGAACACAAAAGGUUCCUGGCAUUUGAAGUCAAAGAGUAUUCAUCCUUGGAUGAGUUACGAAAGGAAUUUGAAGCUGCAGGACUCAAGGAGCUGUUCUCUGAGUUUGUACUUAAGCUGGCUAACCAUCACCAAUUCCUUAACCAGAUCCACAGAUAGCAUAAAAUUGAAGUCAUUCAUCAUCCUGGUUAUUCUCUAUAUACUUUCUCACUCAUAUCCUUCUUAAAAUAUGCUGCCUAAGACUGAACACAGCCCAGCAGAUAUAGUCUGAUGUGAGAGAGAGACAAAUCCAGAGACUUUUGAAAAUGGAAAAGCCUGGAGAAAAUGUAAAGAUUCCAGCAGCAGCAGGGGGGAUGGGUGGAAAAGGAUUUGGAACCUUGGGAAAGCAACAACCCAGGAAGAGCAGUUGGUCUGUGCUCUCUUGACUGGAGACCUCCUGAGGCCAAUAUCUGACUGGAUCCCAAUUUCAAAAAUCUUUCCCAUCCUUGAAUCUAAUCACCAUCCUCCCAAACCAGCAAGUGGACAGAAUUGGAGAGAAAAGGAGUCCACCUGAAGAUUUAUCUUAAUCUCCUUUACCCUGAACUUGGGGAUGCCUGCUGUGCAGGGUCAGAAGCCAGGGUUCAACACUCUGAACCUCUCAGGAGCUCAGGCCACCAAACCUGGCUUACCUAACUUUGGGGGGAAAGAGUUUAGACAGCUAGGGAUCCCCUUUUCCCUCUUCCCUACUUGACCCCUAUUUACUAGAUAUUCAACCUUAUCCUUUAUCCCUGUUGUUAGAAUAAACUCAUUACAAAGUCGACUGACACAAGUCUGAGGGAAGAGUUCUCACAACUGAGGGGGAGAAAGAAGUGAUCUCUCUCCCCAGGUAAAAGAAGCCUGAUAUUUAGAAGAAGACAAACAGUGGGGAGUAAACAGGCAGGCUUGGUGAGGAACCAUAACUAAAGAGAGUUGGAAGGGGGAAACAACAAACUCAUCCUCCUUCUACCUCUUGGUUCAAGACCACCAUCAACUUCACCUCCCUUGGUUCUGACCUUAAGGGAGGGAAGACUCCAUUCUCUCCCUCUCCUCUCUCCCCACAUAAAAUCCCUCUUAUUAAAUAACACAGACCAGGGCAGAGCAUGUUAGGACUAUAAUCUUAUUCCUGCAAAAUAGCUUUUUUUUUUCUUUUUGGUAACACUCACCUUCCAUCUCGGAACCAAUUGGUUCCAAGGCAGAAGAGUGGUAAGAGCUAGGCAAUGGGGAUCAAGUGACUUGCCCAGGGUCACAUAGCUAGGAAGUGUCUGAGGCCAGAUUUGAACCUUGGGCCUCCCAUCUCUAAGCCUGGCUCUCAAUCCACUGAGCCAUCCAGCUGUCCCCCCAAAUUACAUUAAAAUUUUUUUUUCUUUCUUACAGGAGGAUGCAUUAUUAAUAUUUUUUCUAGGCAAUGGGGAUUAAGUGACUUGCCCAGAGUCACACAACCAAGAAGUGUCUGAGGCCAGAUUUGAACCUAGGACCUCCCAUUUCUAGGCCUGGCUCUUAAUCCACUGAGCCACCUAGCUUCCCCUCUGCAAAAUAGCUUUUUACAAAAAAGUUAGUUUUAACUAAUAUCUUUUGUUUUAGAUUUCUUCUUAUAUCCUAUUCUCUUAUCCUUCCUGGACAGAUAUUCCUUAUAAUAACGACCUUUUUAGAAAAAGAGAUACAGUAAUUCAAAUUAACACAUUAGAAAAAUGGCAUUAUACUCAUACAUUAUCUAAUAUACAUCUGUGGACCUAUAUAUAUAUUUGCGUGUGUAUAUAUGUCCAACUGUUUAUCUGUAAUCUGUCUAUGUAAAAAAAAAAAGAUCCAUGGGGCAAAUGAAGGUCUUUGAAUUUGCUUUGUGGUUCCAGUUUUUGGCAUUUGACAAAUACUACACAGGUCCAUUUUUUGGUCAUGACUAUAGCAGUUUUGAACUGGACUAAAAAAGACCUCCCUUAUCUCAGUAAUUUUUACCUAACCUGAGCUUUGAUUCCAAUGUACGCAUUUUUUCUGUGAACCAUUUUUCACCUCUAACCUUCCAUAAGCUUACUCUUGAAGAGCUCUAGAACCAUAUAAACAUGUAGGUGAGUGCUUUUUCUCUCAGUUGUUUUUGCAUUAUUGUUCAAACUUAAAAUUAUAUAAAAGAAAGUAUUAUUUGUGACUACUGUUUAUAAUGGAAUACACAAUUCAACCAGAAGAAUUAAAUAAAUUCAGAUUUAGUUCAA